AUGACAAAAAGGACUGAGAGAGGAGAUGAUGAAACUGUUAGAUAUGUCACCCUCGCUCGUGCCCGCGGUGGGAAGGCCCAAAAUAGGACUUUGAAUGUCACCAACCCACGUCCAACAGGAAAGACAGAAUGUAAGGCAAAGAUUAAUGCCAUAAAAUCGGAUGGAAAGUUUCGGUUGACCACAGUGCAUAAUAUCCAUAAUCACGAUCUCAGUCCAAGAAAAUCUCAAUUUUUUCGAUGUAAUAGAAAAGUCAGUGAUGCCGUAAAAAGGGUCUUAGAUACAAAUGAUUUAGCAGGGAUCCGAAUGAAUAAGAGUUUCAGAUCUCUUGUUGUUGGUGCCGGUGGAUUUGAGAAUCUUCCGUUUUUGAAAAAAGAUUGUCGUAACUAUAUCGACAAGGCUAGAUAUUUACGACUGGGCGCAGGUGGUGCUGGAGCACUUCAAGAGUACUUUUUACGGAUGCAAUACAAAAAUCCUGGUUUUUUUGCAUUAAUGGAUAUAGGUGAUGAUGGGAGGUUAAAAAAUAUUUUCUGGGCAGACCCCCGUAAUAGAGCAGCCUACCAAUAUUUUGGUGAUGUGGUUACAUUUGACACCACGUACCUGACAAAUAGAUAUGGGAUGCCCUUUGCACCAUUUGUUGGUACCUGGUUGCAUUGUAUGGAUGGAAUGGCUCCGAAAGCAAUUAUCACUGAUCAGGAUAGAGCGAUGAAAAAUGCAAUCGCUAUUGUCUUCCCAAAUACACGACAUAGGUUUUGCUUAUGGCAUAUACUGAAGAAAGUCCUUGAGAAACUUGGCUCCUAUGGAUCGUACAAAGGUGGGAUGAAAAAUGACCUGAUGAAAUGUGUUUAUGACACCCAAACAAUUGAAGAGUUUGAGAAAGAUUGGGGUCAGUUCAUAUCGACUUACAACUUGCAUGAGAAUACGUGGUUGCAGAGUUUAUACGAUGAGCGUACAAACUUGAAAGAGUUUGUGGACCAGUUUAACAACGCGUUGAAAAAAAAAAUUGAGAAUGAAAAUGCUGCAGAUUUCCACACAUUUAAUGUCACAAUUUCCUGCAUAUCUAGAUCGCCGAUUGAGAAGAGGUUUCAAGAUUUGUAUACAAAUACUAAAUUCAAGGAAGUGCAGCAUCAAGUUACCGGCAUACUCGAUAUGGAUCCAGAGUUACUUAAACGUGAUGGUCCAAUAAAGACCUAUCUACUAGAGGAUGAAGUUCGCUUGGAAGAGUUCACUAAGCUGGUUAAAUAUUUUGUGGAAAUUAGUGAGGAAGAUGGCUAA